AUGGGAGUUGGUAGUCAAAUCAGGUUAUUACUAUGGAAGAACUGGACUCUUCGGAAGCGGCAAAAGAUCCGUUUUUUAGUAGAGAUUAUGUGGCCUGUUAUUCUGUUCAUCGGACUCGUGUGGCUCAGGAAAGCAAACCCACUGUACCGCCAAGAUGAGUGUCAUUUUCCCAACAAGGCUAUGCCCUCCGCUGGAAUUCUGCCAUGGAUCCAGGGGAUUUUCUGCAACGCCAACAAUCCCUGUUUCCGACACCCUACUCGCGGAGAGUCUCCAGGCCUUGUGUCUAACUACAACAACUCCAUCCUGGCCCGGUUCUUUGCAGAUGCCCAGGAGCUUCUUCUAGGGGAACCAGAGUUCCAGCACCUGGGCAGGCUGUGGGAGGAGCUGACAGUGUUGAGCACCUUUGUGGACACCCUGCGCGCUAGCCCUGCCCAGGUCUCAGGUCGAGGGCUGAAAAUAGAAGACGUUCUCAAGGACAACGAAACGCUCACAACGUUUCUACUGAGCGACGUACGCUUGCCAGAUACCAUAGUGUACCAACUGGUGAACUCCCAAGUACGCGUGGAGCAGUUCGCAAACGGUGUCCCGGACCUGAGGUUGAAGGACAUCGCCUGCAGCCAGACCCUUCUGAGCCGCUUCAUCAUUUUCCCCAGCCUUGAGGGGCUGUACGCCGUCCGCAACACAAUGUGUGCCCUGUCUCAGCCGAGCCUGCAGGCCAUCGAGGACCGGCUCUAUGCCAACGUUGACUUCUUCAAGCUCUUUCAGCUGCUACCCAGGGUCCUUGACAAUGACAAAGCUGGCCUCGACCUCCGUGUCUGGAGCAAAGUGCUGUCCCCUGUGUCCGAGAAGAUGCAAGAGCUCAUGGAGAGGAACAGUACCAAGGACCUGCUGCAGGUCUUGUACCCACUUCUUCAGACAGGGGCCACCUCCACAGCUUCCCAGCUCACAAGAGCUGCUUCUAACCUCUUCUGUGGCUACCCUGAGGGGGCAGGCUCUCGUGUGGUCUCUUUCAAUUGGUACGAGGACAACAACUACAAAGCCUUUCUUGGAGUCAACAGAACCAAGAAGCGUAGUGACUAUGUGUACGAUAAGACGGCAAGCCCCUUCUGCAAUGCACUGAUGAAGGACCUGGAGACAGACCCUAUCUUCAGAGUCAUCUGGGCUUCAGUGAAGCCCUUUCUCAUGGGGAAGGUCCUAUAUACCCCAGAUACACCGGCUGUGAAGCAGAUUUUACGAAGUGCCAACACUACAUUUGAACAGCUAGAGAGGCUGAGGAACAUGGGGAAGGCCUGGGAAGAAGUGGGCCCACAGCUCCAGGCCUUCUUCCAGAACAGCGUGCAGAUGAACAUGAUCCGAGACACUAUCAUGAAUCCCACAGUGACUGACUUCAUAGAUCAGAAUCUAGAAGGAACAGGGUUCUCCUCAAGACACAUUCUCAACUUCCUGUACAUAGGACCGCCCAGCGAUCGCUCAUAUGACAUGCCCAGUUUCGACUGGAGAAACAUCUUCAGCCUGACAGACCACAUCAUAAGGAUGCUCAAUAAGUAUACAGAGUGUCUGGAUCUGGACAAGUUUGUUGGCUACAGAGAUGAGGGUGAGAUGACACGCCAGGCCCUGGACCUGCUGGAAGAGAACAAGUUCUGGGCAGGGCUCGUUUUCUUGGACAUGGAUCCUCUGACCACCAAACCGCCCCCUCACGUCAAAUUCAAAAUUCGCAUGGACAUCGAUGCUGUGGAGCGGACUAACAAAAUCAAGGACAGAUACUGGGACCCUGGUCCACGUGCAGACCCUAUGGAGGACCUGCGCUACGUGUGGGGAGGCUUUGCCUACCUUCAAGACAUGAUAGAGCACGGCAUCAUCAUGACACAGACCCUCAGGGACUGGCCCCUGGGUGUCUACCUGCAGCAGAUGCCCUACCCCUGCUACGUAGAUGACCUAUUCAUGCUGACGCUGAAUCGUUGCUUCCCCAUCUUCAUGGUCCUGGCCUGGAUCUACUCGGUGUCCAUGAUGGUGAAGAGCCUUGUGCUGGAGAAGGAGUUGCGUAUGAAGGAGACCCUGAAAGCCAUGGGGGUGACCAACGGAGUGAUCUGGGCCGCAUGGUUCAUCGACAGCUUCCUGAUAAUGAGUGCUAGCACAGCUCUGCUCACUGCCAUCAUUAUGAUUGGGAAAGUGCUGAACUACAGCGACCCCCUACUCCUCUUCCUCUUCCUGCUGUCAUUCACCAUUGUGACCAUUGUACAGUGCUUCCUUAUGAGUGUCUUCUUCAACAAGGCCAACCUGGCAGCAGCCUGCAGCGGCAUUGUUUAUUUCACUCUCUACUUGCCACACGUCCUGUGCUUUGCCUGGCAGGACCACAUCACCAAGGACAUGAAGAUCUUGGUGAGUCUGCUGUCCCAGGUGGCGUUUGGCUUUGGCACAGAGUACCUGUCCAGGUAUGAAGAGCAGGGCCUGGGUCUACAGUGGGACAACAUCCAGAGCAGCCCUCUUGAGAGAGACGAGUUCUCCUUCCACAUAUCCAUCCAAAUGAUGUGGUUUGAUACCUUCCUGUAUGGCAUCCUGGCUUGGUAUCUCGACAAUGUCUUUCCAGGCCAGUAUGGAAUAGGCCGGCCGUUUUAUUUCCCACUGCAGCUGUCAUACUGGAUUAGACAGGAACCCGUACUGCCAGGUCAGCGCUUCCAUUUUGACUUGAGAAUUGACCUGGCGCUAGGGACGUCCUUCUUCGAGACGGAGCCAGUGGGUCUCCCCGUGGGCGUAUCCGUGCAGGACCUGGUCAAGGUCUUCAGUGGCGGCUCUAGGCCUGCGGUCAACGGCCUGAGCAUCAGCUUCUAUGAGGGACAGAUCACGUCCUUCCUGGGGCAGAAUGGAGCAGGAAAGACCACUACUAUGUCCAUCCUGUCAGGUCUGUUUCCUCCAACUUCAGGCACCGCCUACAUCAAUGGCAAGGACAUUCGCACUGAAAUGGAUACCAUCCGCCAGUGUCUAGGGAUGUGUCCCCAGCACAACAUUCUGUUUCACCACCUGACUGUGGCAGAACACAUCCUGUUUUACUCCCUUCUGAAGGGGCAGCCAUUGCCCAAGGCCCUGCAGGAGGUGGAGAGCAUGCUGGAGGAUCUGGGGUUGCCCCACAAGAGAGACGAAGAGGCUCAGAACCUCUCAGGGGGCAUGCAGAGGAAGUUGUCUGUGUCUAUGGCAUUUGUUGGCGGUGCCAAGGUGGUCAUACUGGAUGAACCAACAUCUGGAGUGGAUCCGUAUUCCCGCCGUUCGAUCUGGGACCUUCUACUAAAGUACCGGCCAGGCCGUACAGUGAUCAUGACCACCCACCACAUGGACGAGGCCGACCUGCUGAGCGACCGCAUAGCCGUUGUCUCGAAGGGUCGGCUGCAUUGCUGCGGCUCCCCGCUGUUCCUGAAGAGCCGCUUUGGUGCCGGUUUCUAUCUGACUUUGGCACGUCGAAUGGGAGACCGAAGGGGAACUCACAAGGAGACAGAGUGCGAUUGCGCAUCAGAGUGCUCCUGCGACUGUUCCAUCUGCACUAAGUAUAAAGAAGAUGCCCAGUCCCAGUCCAAGGCUUCAGAACGACAGCUAGAUGGGGAUGUGGAAAUCAUUACUGCUCUGAUCCAGCAUCAUGUCCCAGAGGCCAAGCUGGUCGAUGUGAUUGGUCAAGAGUUGACCUAUCUGCUGCCGAACAAGAACUUCAAGAACCGGGCCUAUGCCAGCCUGUUCCGUGAGCUGGAGGAGAUGCUGUCUGACCUCGGGCUGACAAGCUUCGGAGUCUCGGAUACAUCACUGGAGGAGAUAUUCCUCAAGGUUACUGCUGACGGAGAAGAUGGCAGUGGUCCAUCUGACCCAGAAAGAAAGAAGCUGCACAUUCAGUCCUCAAUUCAGUCUUUUGCUCCUGUCUGUCCUGCAGCUCGUGACCUAGGAAAGGGUCUGGGACGCUGGGUUCCUGGGCCCUCAGAGGGCACUGAUGCCAAAGGCUCCAGGCAGGUCAAAGGCCUCUGUCUGGUCUUCCAGCAGUUCUUCGCCUUGCUGGUCAAACGGUUCCAUCAUGCCACACGGAGCCAUAAGGAUUUCCUCGCUCAGAUUGUUUUGCCUGCGAGCUUCAUCCUAGUGGCUCUGGUGUUCACUCUCAUCAUUCCUCCAUUUGGUGAAUAUCCUAGUUUGACCCUCAGCCCCUGGAUGUAUGGGCGUCAGUUCACCUUUUUCAGCAAUGAGCGCACCUUGGAUCCGGAGAUGAUACACUUCGGAGAGGUGCUUUUAAACAGGCCUGGGUUUGGAACACGCUGCAUGCUGGAUGAACCUCUGGAGGACUUUCCUUGCAACAACAUCACCACGCCGUGGGAGGCCCCUGAGGUGUCCCCAGAUGUGGCUAAGAUGUUGCUGGAACCCCAGUGGACUGCGCUGGAACCCUCUCCCAGUUGUCAGUGCAGCACAGGAGAAAGGCUCACCAUGCUCCCCGUGUGUCCGCCGGGGGCCGGGGGAUUCCCCCCACCACAGAGAAUUCAGCCCACUGGCGAUGUCCUGCUUGACCUCACGGGCAGAAACAUCUCAGACUACCUUGUCAAGACCUAUCCCACACUUAUCAGGGCCAGCUUAAAGAGCAAAUACUGGGUGAAUGAGCAAAGAUACGGAGGCAUCUCUGUUGGCGGGCACCUUCCCGUGCUCGUUCUGGACCCCAAAGCUGUGCAGGACAUUUUGAUUCAGAUGGGCCGCAUGCUCAAUGUCACAGGGGGUAAAUACUCAAGACUUGCUCUUGUAGGAAUAGCACCAUUCUUAAAAUAUAUGGAAAACGAAUAUAAUGUCAAGGUGUGGUACAACAACAAAGGCUGGCAUGCGAUGGUGUCCUUCAUGAACGUUGCCAACAAUGCCAUCCUCCGAGCAAGCUUGCCUCCAGAUGCAAGCCUCAACGAGUACGGUAUCACUGCCAUCAACCAUCCGCUCAACCUCACCAAGGAGCAGCUCUCCGAGGUCACCGUACUGAAGACAUCCGUGGAUGCUGUGGUGGCUAUCUGCGUGAUCUUUGCCAUGUCCUUCAUCCCAGCCAGUUUUGUGCUCUACCUCAUCCAGGAGAGGGUGACCAAGGCCAAGCACCUGCAGUUUGUCAGUGGUGUCAGUCCCGCUGUCUACUGGACUGCCAAUUUCUUCUGGGACAUGAUAAACUAUUCUGUCAGUGCUGCGAUGGUUGUGGGAAUAUUUGUUGCUUUUGAUAAAAAGUGCUACACUUCACCAACCAAUCUCCGUGCCCUGGUUGCUUUACUCCUUCUUUACGGGUGGUCCGUGACACCCAUGAUGUAUCCAAUGUCAUAUGUGUUUAACAUCCCGAGUACUGCCUACGUCGCACUGGCGUGCAUUAACCUGUUCAUUGGCAUCAACAGCAGUGCCAUAACAUUCAUUUUAGAGCUCUUCGAGAACAGCCAGGCUGUACUCAAGUUCAAUGAGCUGCUGAAGAGCAUUCUGCUUAUAUUUCCUCAUUUUUGUUUGGGCCGAGGUCUGAUUGACAUGGCUAUGAACCAAGCAGUGACUGAAGUGUAUGCUCGUUUCGGGGAAGAGUAUAGCCUGAACCCAUUCAGCUGGGAUUUUCUUGGGAAAAAUCUAGUUUCCAUGGUGGUGGAAGGCUUUGUGUAUUUCAUCUUGAAUAUUUUUAUUCAGUAUCGCUUUUUUAUUCAUCGCCGUCCUGGCGGUAGGAAAGUGCCUAUAAAUGCAGAGGAUGAAGAUGUUGCAGAGGAGAGAGAGAGGAUUUACAUUGGGGCGAGAAACAAUGACAUCCUUCAAGCGAAAAACCUGUCCAAGACAUACAUUGGUCAGACCAGGCCAGCUGUGGACAGCAUCUGCGUUGGCGUCGCCCCUGGGGAGUGCUUUGGCCUCCUGGGUGUCAAUGGGGCUGGAAAGACCACUACCUUCAGGAUGCUGACAGGGGACACAGAUGUGAGCUCUGGGGAUGCCACCAUUGCUGGUUACAGCAUUCUUACCAAUAUUCUGGAGGUCCAUCAGAACAUGGGCUACUGCCCACAGUUUGAUGCCAUUGAUGACUCUCUGACCGGCCAAGAACACUUGCAUCUGUACGCUCGUCUACGUGGGGUUCCCGAGUCUGAAGUCAGCAGGGUUGCAGAAUGGGGAAUCAGGAAACUGGGCCUAUCUGAGUAUGCAGGGCGCUGUGCAGGAACAUAUAGCAGUGGCAACAAGCGCAAGCUCUCUACGGCUAUUGCUAUGAUAGGCUGCCCUACCCUUUUACUGCUGGAUGAACCAACUACAGGCAUGGACCCACACUCGCGCCGUUUAUUGUGGAACUCCAUCAUGAGUGUCAUUCAGGAAGGGAGAGCAGUUGUUCUGACAUCUCACAGCAUGGAGGAAUGUGAAGCUCUUUGCACUCGUCUAGCUAUUAUGGUCAAUGGAACCUUCAAAUGUCUUGGUACCAUCCAGCACCUCAAAUACAAGUUUGGUGAUGGCUACAUGGUCACCUUGAAGAUCAGAGCAGUUGAACCAAACACAGCCCCAGACCUGAGCACUGCAGAAGCGUUCAUGGAGACCAGCUUCCCUGACUGUGUACGCAGGGAGAAGCAUCACAACACCCUGCAGUAUGAAGUUGCCUCCUCCUCCCUGGCCCGCAUCUUCCAACUGGUACUGGCCAAUAAGGAGAAGCUCUCCAUUGAAGACUACUCAGUCUCACAGACUACGCUUGAUCAGGUCUUCGUGAACUUUGCGAAGCAGCAGUCAGGAGAGGAUGAUGCCAUAGUGUUACACCCAAGGGCAGCUGGUGCUCGGCGAGAUGUCAGGGUUUCACCAGUCAGUUCAUUUGGCAAGAAAGAAAACUGA